AUUAAAAUUUUGAACCGCUGGGCCACUGAGGCUGGAAAAUGCAGGCGAAGUUGGUCGUCAGCCGCCAUUAACAUCGCUCGCCUCGGCCAUUCCUCGUCAAAACUCCAAAGCAUAUGUGGAGAAGUUCAUGUUGGUGAUCCACCACAUAAAAUUAGAACAUGUAAUGUUAGAGGAAGCUUGUCAAGCAAAGAACACAGUUGGGUCAAAGGUGGUAUCGAACAUGUUCUUCCUCAUGUAGAGUCAUUUCAUCUGUAUGAUAGAGUUGGGAGGGCUGUUUCACAUAAUGAAAUGCUUCUAGUGGACCGAAUUCCUGCAAUUGUUGAGUUGUGUGUCCAGGCAGGUGUUGACAUACCUGAGUACCCUACCAGGAGAAGGACGUAUCCUGUUUACUGUGUUGCCGGUAGGAUAAUUGAUUUCGAGAAAAGAUUUCCUAAAGAAAUUUCUCUUGACAAAGACAUAGAUGAACGCGGGUUUCCGUAUAACAAAAAGAGAUUGAAUCAAGACACUAAUGCUAUGGAAAUGCGUUGUGAUGACAUCCAAGCUGUUGCUGUCCGAGGCAUGAAAGCCUGGAAGAAAAUGUGCAUUGGAGCUACAAAACUUAUGGAGAAAUAUGCUGUUCAAACUUGUGGAUAUUGUCCAGAGGUACAAGUGGGACCGAAAGGUCAUAGAGUGCGAAAUUGUCAAGCUUACAAACACCAAAUGAGGGAUGGACAGCAUGCAUGGCAGGAGGCUACAAUAAAUGAUUUUAUACCUCCUGUAUAUGUCUAUCACAUUCAAGAUCAGCAACAACAGGGUAAGCCUUUGGUAAAGGAGUUGAAAAGGUACUACGGUAUGUUGCCUGCAGUUGUAGAGCUAUUUUCACAAGGCGGGGCACCACUUGAAAAGAAUUAUGCACAUACAAUGAGGGUAGAUGUUGUAGUCCCCGAAAUGGAUGAGGAAAAGUGGGUUGUUUAGAGCAAUAAUGGAUUGAAUUGCUUCACAUGCAUGAAGGAACCAUUUGGGCAUUAAAAUUCAAAUGGUAAAAUCUUAUAAAAAUCUUUUUCUUGUAACAACUUAUAAAAAUCUUUUAAAACAAUAUUCUAUUAAAAGGAUUUUAACACAAUCUUAUAAAUUAUUACAA